AUGAACGGUGAUACAUACACGGCCAGAGACUCUGGUCGCUCUAGGGAUUACUACGUGAGAGAACGAGGGGAGCGAGCUGAACGCGGAGAACGCGGAGAGAGAAGACGGUCGAGAUCUCCUCACUACAGCUCCAGGACCUCCCGACGCGAAUUCGAGGCGGACUCCUACUCGUCCAGCCGCGACUACCGCGCCCGAGAACGCGAGGACCGUUAUUCUAGCCGCAGAGAGGACCGGGAAUGGGAUCGGGAUCGCGGCGACCGUGGCGAUCGUGGCGACCGCGGUGAUCGCCGACGCAGAGACUUCGAAGAGAGACCCGCUCGCCGCGAGAGAGGAGAGAGAGACCUGUUUGAAGAUAGACCCCGACGGGAAGGCAGAGGCGAUCGCGACCGCGGCGAGCGCGAGCGCGAUCGGGGUGCGGAGCGCGAGCGUGGUGAGCGGAGGGAGCGCAGACGGAGUGCAUCGCCUCCUCCGCGCAAGAGGGAGGCCACGCCUGAUCUGACAGAUGUACUGUCGGUGUUGGAUCGGAAGCGUCGCUUGACACAGUGGGAUAUUAAGCCUCCGGGCUACGAGAAUGUCACUGCUGAACAGGCGAAGCUAUCAGGCAUGUUCCCUCUUCCCGGAGCGCCCCGACAGCAGCCCAUGGACCCCAGCCGUCUCCAAGCUUUCAUGAACCAGCCGGCUGGCGGAAACACCGACACCUCCACCCUCAAGCCUGCCAACUCCCGCCAGGCCAAACGUCUGUUUGUGUCCAACCUGCCGCCGACUGCCACGGGAGAGAGUCUUCUGGCCUUCUUCAACAUUCAGCUCAACGGCCUCAACGUUGUCCAGAGCGUGGAUCCCUGUAUCUCGGCCCAAGUGUCCCCAGACCAUGCCUUCGCUCUGCUCGAGUUCAAGUCGCCCAAUGAUGCUACAGUUGCGCUUGCGUUUGACGGAAUAGUGAUGGAGGAGCAGGAGGCUGCCGGCAAUGGUGCGGCCAACGGUGCCGCUCAGGGCUUGGAAGUGCGCCGCCCCAAGGAUUACAUUGUCCCUGGCGGCGUCGAGCAGGAAUACCAGGAAGGCGUGUUGCUGAACGAGGUUCCCGACUCUCCCAACAAGAUCUGCGUGUCCAACAUUCCCAACUAUAUCCCCGAGGAACCGGUGACGAUGCUGCUUAAGUCGUUUGGAGAGCUUAAGUCGUUUGUUUUGGUUAAGGAUGCUGCUACGGAGGAGUCUCGGGGCAUUGCGUUCUGCGAGUAUGCCGAUCCCUCGGCGACGACUAUCGCUGUGGAAGGACUCAAUGGGAUGGAGCUGGGUGACCGACACCUCAAGGUUGUGCGCGCUAGUAUCGGCAUGACGCAGGCGGCCGGUCUUGACAUGGGUGUCAACGCGAUGUCGAUGUUCGCCAAGACAACCUCUCAGGACCUGGAGACCAGCCGCGUGUUGCAGCUGCUGAACAUGGUGACGCCGGAGGAGCUGAUGGAUCCCGAGGACUACGAUGAAAUUUGCGACGAUGUGCGCGAGGAGUGUUCCAAGUACGGCACGGUGGUCGAGCUGAAGGUGCCCCGUCCAUCUGGUGGUAGCCGACAGUCUCCGGGAGUGGGUAAGAUCUUUGUCAAGUUCGACACGGUGGAGUCAGCGACGAGUGCUCUGAAGGCGCUUGCGGGCAGGAAAUUUUCGGACCGGACUGUGGUGACGACCUACUUUUCCGAGGAAAACUUUGAUGUCAGCGCCUGGUAA